AUGGCGUGUCGGAAUAGGAAAUCGCGCGAGAAGCCUGGAAACUUUGACUACGAGAGAACUAAGUGCGAGGAUAGCGAUUUUCGUAUGGAAGACCUUCACAAGCCAGGGGGAGGGCAGCAGGCGAGGGGAGCACCAGGGCGGGCAGCAGGAGCGUGGGCAGCGGGGCAACAGCGCCGGCCUCAUCAACGGUUGAGGUUGCAGUUGGUAGCGGCUCUUGUGGGGUUGUGGUUGGCGUCACAUGCACUGUCGUUUCUGCUGUUGCACGUGUGUUUGACACUUUUCUCCAUUGCAACCCCUCUUACUUUCGGCUGCCUCUUCUUUCCGCCCUCCACGCCCUCCCAUCCCGACCCUGCCAGGCCUUCACAAGCCAGGGGGAGGGCAGCAGGCGAGCAGCAGGCGAGGGGAGCACCAGGGCGGGCAGCAGAGGCGGGGAAGGCAGCAGAGGGAUCACUGGAGGAGAAGGGGAGGGGAGGGAGGGAUGAGGCAACAGCCCUGUUGGCGGCUCUUCAUCUGCCAGUUAAGUCACUCUUCCUCAUAUUCGUCCCUCACCUUUGCUUGCUGCGCAUCGUUCAUACUCCUUGCUUUCUCUUUGCCCCUGAAACUUUCGCCACUGGUUGGGGCCAGCCUCACAAGCCACAGACUCUCCCCCUGACUUCAGUGGCCCUUCCCCUCUAUCGCCCUGCCUGUGUGACUCGCACUUGUCUACUCUGCUGGAUCUCUAGACAGCCCACUGACCAUCUCUGCAUGUGCCUUGCAGGAGGAGGGGAGAGGCGGGGGUGCAGGUACCUCCUUCAGGUGCAGGUAACCCCUUCAGGCGCAGUGGCCCCUCCCUGCUCUCGCCUUGCAAACUCUCUUCUCGCUCUUGCACUCUCACCCUUCCUCCCCUCGCUGCCCACUGACCAGCUCUGCGUGUGCCUUGCAGGUGGAGGGGAGGGGCGGGGGUCAACACCGACGCUCCCUCACGCCCCUCCCCUGUGGCCGUGCAGGUACCCGUGGGGAUGGGAGGGAGGCAGCACUGCCAGUCGCUGCCACAAGGGAGAGUAUCAGGGUCACUUGGCAUCGAGUGAAGAUGGAGCGCUGCCACUGGCUGCCACAAGGGAGAGUAUCGGGCCUGAGAGGGGGAGGGAGCACUCGAGCAUGGGCGGGACAGUGGCAUCUCGCCUCUCAUUCACCCCUCCUCCCCUUUUUCACCCCUUGUUGCGGCCAGAGGAAGGGAGGGAGCACUGGAGCAAGGGCGGGACUGAGGCAACUCUCCUUUCAUCCUCCCCUCCUUCCCUCCGUCUCCCCCCUCCCCACUUUCCAACGCGGCUGAGACAUCAUGGUGCUACGCAAGGUACGUAG